GCGGCAUCUCGGCCGCCGGCUAUAGGAAUUGAUCAAUUGCGACGAAGCUGUUUGCAACGAAGCAAAACCUCUAUAUCUCUGUGCGUCUUCUCGUGGAAGCCCCCCAACAUUCUUUGCUUGCUCGACGUCAGUUAAUCAUACGGUUGAUCUUUACUUCUCUUCCGAAGCUUCGACACAAGAAGCUAUAAUCCACUCCGCUACAUACCCCACCAAGACCAUCGCCAAUUCGAGAUGCCGAUGCUCAAAGAUCCCUCCAAGAAGUACAAGGCUUUCCCGCCAGUCAAUCUCCCCGACAGGCAAUGGCCGUCAAAGACCAUCACUAAAGCGCCACGGUGGCUGUCAACGGACCUGAGGGAUGGCAAUCAGAGCUUGGUGGACCCCAUGGACUCCGACCAGAAGUGGGAGUACUUCCAAAUGCUGGUGCAGCUCGGUUACAAAGAGAUCGAAGUGUCGUUUCCUUCGGCGUCGCAAGUUGACUUCGAUUUUACCCGCCGGUUGAUCGAGACUCCUGGCGCGGUCCCCGACGAUGUUUGGCUGCAGGUCCUGUCACCGUGUCGCGAGGACUUCAUCAAGCGCACAGUCCAGUCGAUGAAGGGUGCGAAGAAGGCGAUCAUCCACUUGUACCUGGCGACUUCGGCCUGCUUCAGAAACAUCGUGUUUGGCAUGACCGAGGAGGAAUCUUUGGCUCUGGCAGUGAAGUCGACGAAGCUCGUGCGCAGCUUGACCAAGGACAAUCCCGACGCGCAGGAUACCGAAUGGGCCUAUGAGUUCUCGCCCGAGACUUUCUCUGACACGCGCCUGGAUUUCGCCAUCCAGAUCUGCGAGGCUGUUAAGGAAGCCUGGGGCCCUACCGAGGAGAACCCCAUCAUCUUCAACUUGCCUGCCACCGUCGAGAUGUCGACCCCAAACGUCUACGCAGACCAGAUUGAAUACUUCUCACGGAAUAUCUCCGAGCGGGAGAAGAUCUGUAUCUCCCUACACCCUCACAACGACCGUGGAUGCGCUGUCGCCGCUGCGGAAAUGGCACAGAUGGGUGGUGCGGACCGAGUUGAGGGAUGUCUAUUCGGAAACGGCGAGCGCACAGGAAACGUUGACUUGGUCACCCUGGCUUUGAACCUUUACACCCAGGGAAUCAACCCCAAGGUUGACUUCUCAGAUCUUACAAAGGUCAUCGAUGUUGUGGAGGACCUCACCAAGAUUCCCGUCCAUGCUCGUGCUCCGUAUGGAGGCCAACUGGUCGUCUGCGCCUUCUCUGGAUCGCAUCAAGAUGCGAUCAAAAAGGGAUUCAACAUGCGCGAGAAGCAAGGUUUGACGGACGAUGACCACUGGGCCAUGCCCUACCUUCCGCUGGAUCCGGCCGAUAUAGGAAGAACAUAUGAGGCUAUCAUCCGUGUCAACUCCCAGUCCGGAAAGGGAGGUGUGGCCUGGAUUAUCCAACGCGCUUUGGAGCUUGAUAUGCCUCGCGGCCUUCAAAUCGCCUUUUCCAAGGUUGUCCAGAGGGAGACCGAGGCGCUUGGCCGCGAGCUCAAGCCCAAGGAGAUCCAGACGUUGUUCGAGAACGAGUACUACCUCAACACGCCAUCUAGGAUCAACUUGGUGGAUUACGAGUUCUCUACCGACCGAUCGGCCUCGCCGGUCCCAGGCUUGGAGAAGGCUUCUGCGAACCCUCGCAGGACGUUCGUUGGUAUCGUCUCAAUGGACGGCAGGGAACACUCCAUCCGGGGUGUUGGAAACGGUCCCAUCUCAUCUCUGGCCAAUGCCCUCAGGUGCAUCGGUUUGGAAUUGGAUGUCAAGGACUACAAAGAGCACGCUAUCGGUCAGGGCCGAGACGUCAAGGCCGCUACAUUCAUUGAGUGUAUCGUUGGAGGCAGCUCGAGCAAGCCACAGACCAUUUGGGGAGUUGGCAUCCACGAGGAUACUGCGCAGUCUUCCCUGAUUGCCAUCCUGAGCGCUGCAAGCAAGGUCGUUUCGAGCAGGCCAGCAACUCCCAUGCCAAUGAAAAACGGAACCGAAAACGGUCUGCAGCCGACUCCUCUGUCAGUACACUCUUCCACCGUCAAGCUGGCAGUGAAUGGUCUGGAAGCACAGGCGGAGAACAUGUAAAAAUUGUCAAUCUUUCAUGCAUUUAGGCGCUUGGGUACGGUGGGAGGGGACGUUUUGGGGCGAAAAAUUUGAUGUUGUGUUUCGUAACUAGCAUUUGCCGUUGGAUAUCAAAAGAGAGCUUAGGCGUAGGUACUUGGUUGAGGUUCACUGCCAAAUAACAAACCGUGUGUACUCUGCAACCUGAUGAUUCUCAGUGGGAAUGGCUAGCCUAGAGCUGGGUAGAGUAUACAUAUAGAGCUGGCUGGCGCCGG